AGAUGGCGGCGGCGGCGGCGGCUGGGCUCGCUGCUACUGAGGCUGUGGCGACGGAAGGAACCGGCGCCGGCGGCCGCGCGUGCUGAGGGAGACCCUGCCCCCACAGCUUGUGCAUAUGAAGGCAAGCCCGCCCUGCUCCAUCUACUGCUCCUCUUCAGGUGGCAAGUGACUCGGUUCCACUUUGAUUAUGCAGCCCCCUCCUCAGACAGCUCCCCCGGGGGUUGGAGGCCCUCCUCCUCUCGCCCCCUCCUGGAACAUGCAUUGGCGAAAUGGCCCCUACGGUAGGCGUGCAAACGCCCCCACCUCUGCAGCAGCAGCAGCGACUGGACCUGUGCAACCGGUGACAGACCCCUUCGCCUUUGGCAAACAAGGCCCCCGGAGCUCCCCACUGAGCAAUGUGCCCCACGGAGACCCAGGCUCUUCUUCAUUGGCUUUCCCUCCAUCGGCUGCUCCCCUUCACCUCUCUUCUGGGCACCUUCCUCACGCGCCCGCUCCAUCGUUAACGUCUGUCUCGGCCUCCCAUUCAGAAGCUGGGGGCUCCUUUUCCAUUUCCACAGCCUCCAUGUCGGCCUUCCCCAAAGGGGUCCACAACAGCACCGAAAUGCAUCCAAGCACAGAAAACGCCCCCCGCCCCCCAGUGGAACCACCUCAGCCCAUGAGAAUCGGCUCUGAAAAUUCUCUUUCGGCUUCUGUCCCGGACAGGCUGCCGGGUGGGCCCGACGUGAGUAGGAAUCCAGGCAACCCCGGUGCGGCCCCCCCAUCAUUGCCGGCCUUCUCCCUCCUUCAGCAGACGGUGCCUCAGUGGAUGCCUCCCCAAAGCUCUGCGUAUUUGCCUUCCCCAGAGCCCCUGUCCCGGAAUUCCUUUGGGAGUGCUGCCCAUUCCAGCAGCUCUGUUUCCCAGCCGGGCCCCCAGCUGGAUCGCCACCCGACUCCCCCUCAUCAGCCUGGGUUCCCUGGUGUCCCCCAGGCCCCCUACAUGCUCGCCGAGGCAUCCAAUGUGACUCUGCCCCCCAAUAGCACUUGGCAGAGCCCCGGGGGCACCGGUGUUUGGGCUGGCCAGCUCCCCCAAGAACACUUUUACUUGCAGCCCCUGGAAGCCACGUAUCCCUCGGGCCACCCCACUUCUCAGGAAAACAGCCCCCCCGGCCACGCCCAAGGGGUGUCUGAGGCAGGGAGCAGGCAGUGCCCAGAUGAGGCCGAUGCGGGGACAAUUUCAAUGUUCUUCAAGGGAGACGAGGCGGAGAACGAGGAGAUACUGUCAUCGGAGGCCAGCAGCCAUGUUGCCAGACCAGACGUGGAUGCUUUCCAGCAGACCAUGGGCCACACCUAUUACCAGCCUUUGCACGGCCCGCAAGGGCUGCCGGCUCAUUUUGCGCCAGCCCAGGCUAAUGCACCUCUGGCAGCAGAGGCAGCGCCCAAAGAAGCGGACGCCCAGCGCUUCCUUAGAACGGCGGUCAUUCAGCAGGCCAGUGAGAAGGCGCCCUUCCCGGGAGAGGACCGAGCCAGCCACGUCCCACAAGCAGGAAGCUGCUCUGCCAGCGGGCAGUAUGAAAACAUGGAAAACCAGGAGUGCGUUCAGAACCAGGAGGUUUUGCCAAGGGAGCCCCUGUCACAGAACCCUUCGUCCCCAGGGAUGGCAUCGGACUCCAGCCGCUACGCCUCUCUGGCCCCACUGCUCCCAAAGAACCAUGUCGGGAGCCACAUGGAAGGAGGACCCAACCUGGAGGCCCCCAGCGUGCUCCCACGGCCCGUCCGGCCUGACAGCGUCUCUUCCAACUAUAGCAACUUGAGCCCCAGGAGCAUGGCUGGCACUGCCCGGCCGCAAGAGCCGGGCACGUUCAUUCAGCAGGAAAGCGGGAAACCCGAGCAAGAGGCUUCCCGCUUCUUUUUUAAGCAGGUCGACUCCUCUCCUCUGGGAGCAGAUGUGGGGGAGCAGGAGCCUGGCAAGAAUUACCACAGCCCCCCCUCCCAGGCGCUGACGCCGAGCCCCCCCAAACCCAUGGGAGUGUUUCACACCAGUGUCAACAGCUCCUUUGAGCCAGUCAGAGCCCACAGCCUGGGGGUGAAGCCCACAGAGACCGAUCAGGCCAAGGUGGUGGCCGAGCUGCGAGAGGAUCGUCCCAACCCGAGGAGUAGCCAGAGGAGCUCUGCGGUUGCCGUGGCCUCCCCAGGGAACCUGGAGCAACCUCCUGACAACCUGGAGACCCUCUUCCUGCCCCCAGGCCACCCCUUGCCCCUCUCCCUCGUGGGCGGCAGCGGAAGCCCCCGGCAGCUUCCUUCCAGUGGGGCAGGGAUGGAGAAGAGGCCGACCACCAGAGCUCAGGGACUGGGAAAGAAGUGCGAGAGCCCAGCCACCACUCUUUGGGCGCACAACGAACUGCCCAGUUUUGGGGGCAAUGUGCUCCUUGCCCCCGCCGCCCCUGCGGUCUACGUCCCGGCCAAGCCAUCCCCACAGGUGGUCCAGCCCCCGGAGGAAGCGUUGCCGAGCAAGCCGGGGUCUCAAGCCGGAAGCCUCCCGUCUGAAAAUUUGGAAAACCCUCCCAAGCUGGGGGACGAAGAGGCGGUUGGCUCUCAGGGAAGCCUGGGUUAUGCCAGCCUCCUUUCCUCGCCCCCGACGGAGACGCUUCAGAACCAGCCGAUCUUGCUUGCCCAACCGAGUCAGUUUGGCAGCUUGGCCCUGCCUGCCGGUCCCUCUCUUGCCCUCCAGCUGGGCCAGCCCGAGAAGAACCACUCGGCCAAGGACCUGGGCGCCAGUGGGGCUCCUCUGCCUCUGCUGGGGAAGAGCAGGAGCUGCAGCUUGACCGGGGAAAACCCACCUGGUGGCUUAGCUCACUCAAAUCCUAGUUUCUUCCACUGCCCACUUAGCGCAGCUGAAACUGCAACCCCCAAAUCCCUGCUUCAGUCUGGGUCUCAUGGUCCCCUCAACUUAGCCAUGGAAGCCCCCCAGCCUCCUGCUGCGGAAGGGCUGCCUUUGGAAAGUGCUGGCCAACCCACAGCCGGUGUUCCUCUCUCCCACGUCAGCGGUGCGACUCCCAUUGUGGGGCCCAGCAACAGCCUUCCCGGCUGGUCACAAAACGCUCCCCAUUGCCAGGAGCUUUCCAAACCUCUGGAUUUGGCAGGAGUGAAGUCUCAGGAGCACAGCAGGGCAGGGCCCGGCUCCCUGGGGCUCAGCCAGCUCCUUUUGGGUGGCCAGAUGUUUCCUCUGGCCCCCGGACCGGCUGGCCCCGGUGACCCCCAGGCUCGAGGCCCGCAGCAGUUCUACCGGCAGGUAACAAAGGACUGGGUGCCCGCGAUGCCCUCCAAUCGAGGGGUGCCUUUGGAGCAGGCUCCCGCAGCUACUGGGCACUCUUCCGCUUCCCCCAACCUCCAGAUGUUUCCCGGAAACCCCUGUGCUCCGGCGCCGAGUCCGAAGCCUUGCCCCAGUGGUCCCGUGGAAGGCAGUUCAGCCCUCCCACCACCCAGCCAUCCUCAGCCGGGCACCGACUUCAGGCAGGAUCCCCGCAUCCCCCCUGGCAUGGGGCCUCCUCCUCCUCCUCCACCUGGAUCCAUAGCCCCAAGUGGCCCCCAACCUGCUCAUCCCCUUUCGCUCCACGAGCAGCAGUACCCUUCUUCACAGAACCCCCAGAACGCCUACGGCCCGCCCCUCAACUCCUACUACUACUACCGGCACCCGUAUGACAGCUACGCCUACCCACCGGUGGAUCCUAGAGCUGCUCACCUUUACUACCAGGACGCGUAUGGCCAGUACAACUCUUCCUACAACCAGUACGACCAGUCUGCUGCCUAUCGAGACGCUGGGAGCUACUGGUACCCUGAACCUGAGCGCCCCAGUUCAAGAGCCAGCCACACUUCGGACAGGCCCCAGUCGAGACAAGAUUAUCCCGAUGACUAUUACAACACCAAAAGUGGAUGGAAUGGCUACUAUGGAGACUAUUACUCAAAUCCGUAUGAUAACGGAGAUCGUUACUCUUCAAAUUAUGAUGCCAGAUUCCGAGAUCCUCGGCUUUAUGACCAGAGGUAUUGGUACAACACGGAUCAGAACCAAAAGAAAGAAGCCUAUCAGCAGGGAAACAGUAAUGACCGGUAUGAAGACCAUUGGCGAUACGACCCUCGUUUUGUGAGCAGCUUUGAUGACGACUUGGAGCCGCGCAAGGAUCCGUAUGGGGAUGACAGUGACUGGCGCAGCGUCCACAGCGAGCAUUCGGGACACAGCCUGCACAGCUCCCACAGCCUCCGCAGCCGCCAAAGCAGCUUCAGCUCCCGUUCUCAGCAAAGCCAGCGGUAUCGAAGCAACCACGACUUGACCGUCAAUGCCUACGAUGGCGACCCUCCGCCAACCUCCCUCCGCACAGACUAUUCCUCCGGGGGAUACUACAUCAACCAGCCACCGUUGAACAGUUACAAUCCCGUAGCCCAGAUUCCUUGGGCAGGUGUAGAACAAGUCCCUUCCAGACCUUUGACUCCCGAGAAGUUUUCCGUACCCCACGUGUGUGCAAAAUUUGGGCCCGGGGGUCAGCUGAUAAAAGUGCUACCCAACCUUCCCUCCGAAGGCCAGCCAGCCUUGGUCGAGAUCCACAGCAUGGAGAUGGUCAUGCAACACUUUUCGGAGCAAGAGGAGAUGAGGGCUUUUCCCGGUCCUCUCACCAAAGACGACACCCAUAAAGUGGACGUGAUUAAUUAUGCCCAGAAUAAGGCCACCCGCUGCUCUCAGAACAAUGCUCUGAUUGACAAGGAAUCUGCUCGGCUUCUCUGGGACUUUGUGGUUCUCCUGUGCAGGCAAAACGGGACAGUGGUGGGCACGGAUAUUGCCGAGCUUCUGCUGCAGGAUCAUAAGACCGUGUGGCUGCCUGGGAAGUCACCCAACGAAGCCAACCUGAUCGACUUCACCAAUGAGGCUGUGGAGCACGUGCCUGAAGAGAGUGGAGAAGCUCAGCUGUCCUUCCUGACGGACAGCCUCAUCGCCACCAUUGACAGCCUCGAGAAGGAAACGGAGCGCUUCCGAGAGCUGCUGCUUUAUGGACGGAAAAAGGAUGCUUUGGAAUCUGCCAUGAAACAUGGGCUGUGGGGCCAUGCAUUGUUGCUUGCCAGUAAAAUGGACAGCAGGACGCAUGCUCGAGUGAUGACCAGAUUCGCCAACAGUCUCCCGAUAAAUGACCCACUGCAGACCGUUUACCAGCUGAUGUCUGGUAGGAUGCCCGCAGCCUCGACCUGCUGUGGAGAUGAGAAGUGGGGAGACUGGAGACCUCACCUGGCAAUGGUCCUGUCCAACCUGACGAAUAACACGGACGUUGAGUCAAGGACAAUCGUCACCAUGGGGGACACGCUGGCUUCCAAAGGCCUCUUGGAUGCUGCUCACUUCUGCUACCUGAUGGCCCAAGAGGGUUUCGGCGUCUACACCAAGAAGACCACCAAGCUGGUGCUGAUUGGUGCAAACCACAGCUUGCCUUUUCUGAAGUUUGCCAGCAACGAGGCCAUUCAGCGGACGGAGACCUAUGAGUACGCGCAGUCCCUGGGGACUCAGCCAUGCUCCCUGCCCAAUUUCCAGGUGUUCAAGUUUAUCUAUGCUUGCCGGCUGGCUGAGAUGGGGCUCAUUGCACAGGCCUUUCAUUACUGCGAAGUGAUUUCCAAAGCCAUCCUGACAAACCCCGGUUGCUAUUCGCCGGUUCUUAUCAGCCAGGUGAUCCAGAUUUCCUCUCAAUUGCGGCUCUUUGACCCUCAGAUAAAGGAGAAGCCUGAGCAGGAAUUAUUUAUUGAGCCCAACUGGCUAAUUCAUCUCCGACACUUAGACGGGCAGAUUAAGGAGGGCUCCUUCGGCUACAGCAUAGGGAGAGCCACACCCCAGCAGUAUUCCUCCAGCACGCCAAGCUCAGAGCACGACCACACCAGUCAGAACGAAGGCCUGGGAGGCGGCCUAGAUGUGAGCUCCAACAACCCGUUGUUGGCCUCCCUGCUGCCCAACAUGGUCCAGCCCGUCCAGCUGAUGCCUUCAGCUCCUCCUACCAUCCUGGAUGGCACCGUGGCUCUGACCCCCCCUUCCCAACAGGAGCCUGCUGCUGCUGUUCCUUCCUGCUCCGUGGUACCUGCCUCUAUGGGCCUGGGACCUGGCUCUCCGAACCACUAUGGAGCCGAGGUGAACCCCAUGUACGGGGGGUCAGCGGUGCUGCCAGCAGGUCUACCUCCUCAAAGCCCUGAGCUGCAGCCGCACGAGAGGACCCAGCACGAAGCAGGGGUGGCUGAACCUCCCGCAUGGAAGGCAGUUCCAAAGUCCGGAGAGGAAGACUUCUACAGGAAGAUGGAAAUCAUGGGCCCAGGCCGACGAUCCCGAUCGACCUCCCAGUCUUCGGCCCACAUGGGCCUGGGGCGGCGGUCUCGGACCACCUCGGAGUCCUCCGUGCAUUCUGUUGGCCGGGAGAGGCGAAACUCCGCCGCCAAGCAGCCUUCUCCACCUCCACCCUCGAUCCCCGAAAGGAAGAAAACCUCCAAAGAAGCCAAGGAGGAGCUGGCACCUCAAAAAAGCUGGCUUCGUUGGCUAAUGGGGAAAACCAAACAUGAAGCUCAUCUUCCUGAUGAUAAGAACAAGUCGAUUGUUUGGGAUGAAAAGAAACAGCGGUGGGUCAACCUGGAUGAACCGGAAGAGGAAAGCAAACCCCCUCCCCCUCCCCCCACAGCAUUGCCUCAGGCUGUUUCCUCUGGAUUAGCAGGACCUCCCAAUGCUUCCAUCAACAUGUUCUCCAGGAGAGCAGCUGGAAGUAAAGUUCGCUACGUGGACAUUAUGAACCCAGGCAAAGCCAAAUCUCCUGUUCCUGCUCUAGCUCCAGCUGACCUGUUCGCUCCCUUGGCCCCGAUGCCCAUCCCUGCCAACAUGUUUGUACCCAACUCAGUUCCUGAAGAGCAGACACCGCUGGAGGGUGGAGUGGCUCAAGAUCAGAUGGCACCAGGAAACGACACCAACCCUGAGUCAACUGGAGAAGUCCCAUACUUAAAUUCUGCUGCAUUUCCACCUGGGCCUGAGCUUCCUGUGUUGAAUCCAGGGGACGCCCAGUCUGGAGAGCUUUCGCGCUCUAGUUCAAUGAGUUCAUUAUCCCGUGAAGUCAGCCAGCAUUUAAAUCAGGCAUCUUCUGGAGAUCCCCCAACCAGUGCUGUCCAGUUCUACAAUCCGUCUCAGUUUGCACAGCCUCCUGCAGCUCCGGCUAGCUCCCGACUUGGCAGAAUCGGGCAGAGAAAAUACCCCACCUUAAAAUAGCAUCCAUUCGGUCUCUCAGCCAGGCCAUCGCACAAGAAGUCCCCAAAGAUGUCACGGGGUGCCAGUGCAGUUUCUCAAAUUGAGAAUCCAUCUGGGUGGCUCCCCCACGGAGACCGUGGCCGACGUUGAUUACCACAUGCCCUCCUCGUUACCCAAAAGCUUGGCUGAGAUGGUCGAACGUCAAGAGGGACUGGAGAAAUCAACCCACAGGAAUGCAGCUGGGGCUGCCUCAGCCCGAAGGCCCCCCUUUUUCCUCCUCGGCUUUGCUAAAAUCCAGCUGCUCCUUCUACGACAAGACUUUUCCCGUGUCACCUUUUAACAUGACAGUUUGUGGCCUUACAGGGAUCGGGGCAUUGUUUUUAUGCAUAUAAACCACUACUUGGGGUUUAUUGCUCAUCUGGCACAUUAACAGAAUGGGUGGGGAUUUUCUUUUCCUAUCGACUUUCCCUUGCUCCCAACCUUCAUGGAGGGAAAACGUAGCUGAUCCAAAUAAACAGAAAUGUAUAAUGAAUAGGGGGAAAGAAAAAGAAAAAAAAAAAACUGUGACUUGUAAUCUUAAGAUUUCCUUGGAAGUGGAUUUUCUUUAGUGUAUAUGUAGUUUGCGUCUUAGGCUCCUUGUAAAACGAAUUGUAGAGUCAAGAGCGGAAGCUCUUUGUAUAGCAUUUUGCAUUGUUCUCCUUCUGAUAAUUCCUCCUGAAAGUGCAAUAUGGCUCCUUUCUGAAACUCUGAUCCCUCCAAUAACUCCAUAACAGCUCAAAAGGGCUUAGCAUUUUAUUUUUUAAAAUUUGUGGAAGUUUUCCUUCUUCCAUCUCAGACCUUUCCCCCUUUCCCACGGGCCCAGCUCAUAAUUUACCUGGCCGUCCCUUUUUAAAAAAAACUAAUCAAAUUAGCAAGCCUCUCUAACAAGAGACAUGAACUAGGUCUCAGGUGGAGUUGCGGGAACUCUUCAAAGCUGUCAUAGGUUGUGCUAACAUCCACGUAAGUCUGAUCAGCGACAACUAAUUGUUGGUGCAGUAAAAGCCAGUCCAGAAGACCAAUGCUCGAGUCAAGAAAUGCAGAGCGUAUUUUUUAACGUUGAUGCUCGACUCUGUGGCUUAAUUCUACAUAUCUGGGUUCUGGAGAGUCUUAAACACAUUUCCAAGGAUUUUUGUGGUGAAGAGUUGUAAAAAAAAAAGGCAGAACUUGUCUCAGCCACGUGCUGGCCUCUCUUCUAGUCAUCUUGAAUUUGUUCAAGAUGUUUUUUGUCCCUUUAGACCUCUGCCUCUGUGUCGAUGACCACUGCGCAUUUUUCCACUUCCAAGUUUUCCUCCACCCAGAAGAGCCACUCUCUGUCCUAAAUGUUACAAACGACACUGUACAUUCUUAAAAUAAAAAUAUUUUGCGCAUCUGGA